CCCCUAUCAUACUUUUCGGAUGAUUUGUCACAGCAUGUCACAAAGCCCCUUGUGAAAGUGUGACAGCUGUCCACCGUAACUCACACCGCCACCCACACAGUGGCACAUACUUAAGCCAAGGCACUGCCCCUCGAACCCCCACCAUCAUAUCUGCUGAGCGCCCCUCGUUCGCUUUCACCUAACUCUACAUUAUCCACAGGCUGAGCCUGACUACCAUAAUGUCAUUCGCUGCUCUGAUGGCGCUAAGCGCCUCACAAACUAAGGAGUCCCAAAACGCCGUCCAAAGCGCUCUACAGCAGCGACAACGUAACGAGGAGCUCCAACGGAAAAAGCGGGAGGAAUCUGAGAAAAAGGAGCGUGAAGAAGCUGCCAAGCUCCGACAGAAGAGAUUCGAGGACGAGAAGAAGCAACGAGAAUUGUUGCUCAAGAGAGAAGCAGAGAUGAGACGCAUGCAGGAAGAGCAGGCAAGGCGGGAGGAGGAACAACGCAAUGCGUUGCUUUAUGGUCCAAAGAAGGCCAAGUUGGGCCCUAAGUGGCCAUCGUCCAACGGAACCUCGAAGGACGACGUUCGCAGGCGCAGAUUGCCGUCAGACGACGAGAGCGGCUCCCGUUCCGGCUCUCCAGCCAUGGCUCUCACUCGCGAGGAGAAACGGCGGCGCAGGCUUGAAGCCGACAUGCGCAGGGGUUAUGCCAUUAAGCGGGCUGGCACAUCUUCCGGCUACCACAAAGCCGGCAGGCGACUUCCAGGAGGCGCCAUCGACGCCACGUCAGCGCCAAACUCGGACAGCUGUAACAGCUCGCAGUCUGUCAAGGCUCGCCUUGCUGCACUCCCUAAUACCUUAACCAAGCUCAACGUCCACAAGCGAGAUACGCGGACCAUAGACGAGAUUUUGCAGGACAGAGCCAAGGCGAAAACCGCAACGUUGGACGGCGACGACGCCAAAGAGUUCAAUGACUGGUUUGGUAAGGGGAAGAAGGAGACAAGCAAGGCUAGUGCUCAGGCAUCUACGGCUGCCCCAUCUAGAGCGUCUUCUGGCUCCAAUUCCCCUAGCCCUUCAUCCAGACAAGCCCACUCUGGCCCCCCCAAGAGCACAGCUGCUCCAAAGUCUGCUGUCCUAUCGUUUUCAAAGACUUCCCAGUCCAAAAGCGCAGAUAGCUCAAAGUCUUUAAAGACUGAGGCGAAACCCAGGUCGACUGCAACCUCGACUGCUUCAAUGAAGGUGCCUGCCUGUAAAACGUCAGCUGCAGCACGCUCCGCCGGGCCAACUAAGAAACGACCCCGUUCCCCAUCCUCCUCGUUAUCCCCCCCUCCUCCGAAGAGGCGUCCUGCCUCAGCUGAAGCGGAAUCUUACAGUAAUGAAAUCUGGAAACUAUUCGGCAAGGACCGCCGUGCAUACGUUGAACAGGAUGUAUAUAGCGACGAUGAUGAUAUGGAAGUCGAUGCUGGCGUUCUUGAGCGGGAGGAACUCAGAAGUGCGCGUCUCGCCAGGAAAGAGGAUGAAGCGGCCCUUGAACAGGAGAAACGCCACGAGGAAGAGAAACGUCGCAAGAAGAAGGAAAGGGAAAUGAAGGAGAGGCGGGGAUAAGGCAAGGAAUUUUUCUGACUUCGGCAUGCUAUAUUUCAUGGACAUUUCAUACCCUCAUGGAUGGUGGAACCUGCCCCGUUGUCUUUCUUGAUGCUUUAGAUGUGAUAUACGCAUACCAUAAAUCAUAAAUCACCAUCACUUUUGUUCUAUCAGCCAACGCAAUCUUGUUUAUAUGUUACACCAUGUAUUCAGUCUCUGCAGUCGUACCCAUGCUCUUCGUGCAAUGCAAUACCUUCCUAGUUCACCAG